ACAUAAAUAUGAAGUAGUUGAGUUGAUACUUCAGAUUGGAAUUUGGGAAUUUUUGCAUUAUAUUUUAUUAUUUUUUUUGUUAUAAACGUUAUAAAUUGCCGCCAGACGAUCCCUUACAAUAUUCACAGAACAUUAAACGAAAAUCCAACAGGGAGCGCAGCAAAUGGACAAAAACUAACAACCAGUAAACAAAUCUUUAUGAAUUUUCAACACUAGCCACAUUUUGACCAUUUUCACAUCUCCCACUUUAUUUUGCAAAACCAAGAAGGAGCAAAUUCUUUCCUCCGACAAACGAAUUUUAUGUGCAACCGAUUCUUCCAAAAAUGGACUUAUCAUCCUCAUCUUCAAGUUCCACAACACCGGCAACAGCGAAGGCAACAUCAUCGACCAGCAAAACCCCUCUAAUUGCUGACAAUAGCAUAGAAUCAAUUAAUAACGAUACCGCCGGCAGCAAUAGCCUAUAUGAUAGUGCUAUGGAUAAUAUAACAACAUUUGUUUCCUUUACUGAGAGUGCCAACAAUAAUAGCAGUACGUUAAAUUCAACAACCAACAGUAGUACACCCAUUACCACAACGUCCAGUGAAAACUUUUCCCAUUUGAAUUCCUCCUCAGCAUCAUCUGGAUCUAUGGAUUUUGACACAACUUUGAAUGGAGACUCAGAAUCAGCAGCUUUAUCGGACAAUUUAGCAGUACAAAAUGACUUUGGACCAUCGUACCCCAUUAACCAACUAAACAAUGAUAAUCAAAAUGUUAUAAACGCGAGUAUGCUACUAAUACAGUCAGAAAGUACAGAGACUAAUAGUACAUCUCAAGAAGAAGUGGAUCCCAAAUCGAAACUAGCAAAUAAGACAAUAUUCAAAACCGAUAAUCCGGAUUUGUCAAUUAUAGAGAUAAAUGAAAAUUCUAUCAGAGAUCAGGACAUAGAAAAUUCUGUUUUGGUCAUUGAGACGUCAUCGGAUGAAGAUUUCUCCGAAUCACUCGAUCAAGGGCCCAAACAAAGUGAUAAGUCCAUUAAUCCAGACUUAACAUACGCCAACAAAUCGUCAUCGCCUCAUAGUACAUUGGGUGAAAAUGUUUCCGAUAAACGGCGCAGAAAGGCUGAAACCCUUAUAUAUUCCAGUAAACAAAAACUUAAUAUAGCAAUUGCAGAAGCAUCGGCGGCAGAGACGGCAUCACCAGCCUCUGUCGGUGAUGCCAAUGCAGUUGGAAAUGGGCCACAGCCGCAAACAAAGCGUGAAAUCAAAAUAUACGAUACGAUUGAAGAGUUUGAGAGGAAUCUACCAUCCACGGUAACUGUGCUGGACACACCGUUCGGUAGUAAAGUUUAUUUAGUUGGUACAGCUCAUUUCAGUGAGGAAUCACAAGAUGAUGUUUCAUUUGUUAUUCGUAAUAUCCGUCCAGAUGCUGUUAUGGUAGAGUUGUGCACAUCCCGCAUACCCAUUUUAAAACUCGAUGAAAAGACCCUUCUGGAAGAGGCAAAGAGUUUUAAUUUGGCUAAGAUACGCAGCAUUAUCCAUUCACAUGGUUACAUCAAUGGCAUAUUUUUUAUACUACUUCUCCAAAUGAGCGCACAAAUAGCCAAGGAUUUAGGCAUGGCACCGGGUGGCGAAUUUCGUCGGGCGUUCGAAGAAAUACACAAAUUACCCGGUUGCAUGUUACAUCUUGGUGAUCGCCCCAUACGCAUCACUUUACACAGGGCUUUAAGAGCGCUCUCAUUGUGGCAGACUGUAAAAUUAGUAUGGCGCCUUACAUCGUCCGACACCAUCAGCAUAGAGGAGGUUGAAGAGUGUAAACAGCGCGAUCUCUUGGAGAAAUUAAUGCAAGAAAUGGCCGGAGAGUUUCCCGAAUUUUCCGAUGUAUUUGUCAAAGAACGUGACCUAUUCCUAUGUCAUUCUCUGCAAAUGGCCGCCUUACCUCAGCCAGCUGAGGGAACUGGUGAACUACGUCCGGUGCGUGUUGUCGGUGUGGUUGGCAUUGGUCAUGCCAACGGCAUAGCUAAGAUGUGGGGCCGUGUAGAUCCACAUAUAAUACCAGCCAUAAUGGAAAUCCCACCGGCCAGUUUGAGUACCCGUAUUUGUAAAUACACAGUUAAAUAUGGUCUUAUUGGUUUGACACUCUAUGGAGCGUUUAAACUGUUAAAACCGCAUUUAGGACGUUUGCGUUAAAGGACAAAAGUAUAACGUACAUUAUCAUUUGUUCUGUCUGAUAUUUAGUUGAUAAUUUCUAUCAUUAUACAUUUUGCUUUGAACAAAUCAAAUUGAAAAAAAGAACAACGUAUACACAUCAUUCUUUAAGAAAUUCAAAAAAGAGAUCAUAUUUACAAUAUACAUACAUAUAUACAUUAAUACGUACAUAUUUAAUAAACGAUGUCAGAAGAAAAAUAUUCCAUUCAAUUUUUAGACAUUUUGAAAUGACUAUAAAAACACAGACAUAUUUUUAAUUCCAAUAAAUGUUAGUUCCUCUAUGCCGUUUUGUCAUUACCACCUUAAUGCCCCGCCCCGCGUAUGUGUAAACAAGAUUAUGUGAUUUUGAAAAAGAUAUGUAAAUUUUAAACAUUCCACACUAUAUACUUACAUAUAUAUACCCACAUUAUUACAUAAACAUAUAUGUUGCCUAUGUCGUGUCUAAUAUUUUGCAGGGAGAUUUAUGUAAAUGUAAGAAAGCAGCAAAAUUCCUUAACGUUGAUUUUCAGAGACAAAAGAAAAUCAAUUCAGUUCGAUAUUAGAUUAUGUUAUUAGUUAUAAAUUGUAAAUGUUUAAACCUGUACUCUAUAAUUCCCUGAAAACAAUAACCCCUGUGCAUUUAUUACACACAUGCAUGUAUAUGAUAUGUAAAUGUAAUAAAUAUAAUUCUAAUAAAAAUCCCCAACUUUAAAAAUAAUCCAUAUAAGGACAAA